CUGAUGUAAUUUCACGAAAUGAAGUAACGUCAACCAAAUUGAUAUAAUCCAAAUUUUCGUUUAUCUUACCGAAGAAAUAAUCCACGAGAUGUCCAAACAACGCCUGUUCAUUCUAGAAUUCUUCAUCAGCAAAAUAAAAAUCGAUAAAUCCGCCUUACCAGUACCAUCUUUCAGAAGCAUCGGCAUCAACUUAUCCAGCCCGCCUUUUCUCAACACCACAAUCAAAACCGAAGAAUUCGACGGAGGCAAAGACGUGCAAGCCUCGAACGGCGAAUUCAAAACCGAAAUCGGCAAGAACGUCCUCUUCCCCAGCAGGCACAAAGACCUCGCCAACCACAUGCACGACAAACCCCUCAAAAUCAACCUCCUGGUGUCCAACAAACACUCCGCCGUCGGCGAGUUCCCCUGGCGCAAGGACUUCCUCGACACGGUGAAGCUCUCCGAAACGGUGGACGUGGUGAAGAGCGUCAGCUUCGCCGACGACUUCGCCAUACUCAACGCCAAGUUCAAGAAAGCCGGGUUUAUUUCCAUGACCAUCAAGCUGAGCUGCAUCGGCGACAAGACCGAGACCUACCUCAACCUACAAGGCCCCAGUCCGGUGUUCAUCAACGCCGAUAACUUGCAGCAAAUCAAAUGCGACAAGUACAAUUUCGGCGACGAUAAGAUCCACCCGGUGUCGCAGUUGUACAGCGUGGAGGCGGCCGAAGAUGAGGGCGCCGUGAUGAAGUACUCUUGGGGCCAGCUGGUGGGCAACAAAGCCGAUGUGAAGAGUUUAGCGCCCGAUGCUGAUGCGACGACGAUGAUCGGUCCGUCGGUGUCGCGACAGAAGCACAUUGACAUGGCGAGUCGAAUCAGCGAAACGGCUUCGCUGGUACACCGGCCGCCCGAGAAGAAAUUCUUCGAUUUCAUCAACAUGAUGGCGGUGGAUAUGGACUCGAGGCCCGACGAGACCGUCGUGAACAUAGCCUUCGAUAGGAAGAAGCAGAAUUUGGGCGUCAUGGACGCGGCGACGAGGAUGAAAAUUAAAAUGGGUUCGUUGCUGUCGGUGGACGGGGAGUUGACCGAAGACCGAUUGUGCAGGAAAUUGUGCAGGAAAUGCGAUUGCGAGGGGUUGCAGAAAUUUCACGAGCACGGUUUGGGGCCGAGGUAUCGCGAAUCUGGAUUGGGGAAGUUUUACGAAAUAUGCGAACCAUCUACAACCUAUGGUAUGUACAACGUAUUCGAGGAUUUAUCCCGUUACGGUCCCCAGAAUUUCUACAGACGUCCUAAAGAUCCUUACCAAAAAUUUUGCAGACCUGCUAGUAGAUUCCAUGGACCUCAAAGGAUUAAAAAGAACGAUUUGUGCUAUUGCCCGCCUUUGCCCGAUAAGGCGAUGAGAGGCGAAGAAUUAUGUUGUUGUUGUCCGGUGCACGUUGAACUGGAACCGAAAAAAAGGUUGAGAGGCGGUUGCGACGCAGAAAACUCCACGAAUAAACAACGAACGCCGUUGCGACUCAGAGGCGGCGGGAUUAUAGAAAAAAGCGAUGAAGAAAUUUCGUUCAAACCGUGGCAUCCGAGCAUUACGGAUAUAAUAAAGAAAAUCGUCGAUCAAGCUUCGUUGUAACGUUUAAUGAAUUGUAUUCGAAUUGUGUAUGAACAAUAAAUUAUUCGCCUAGAUAUUUG